GCUCCUGCUGGGUUAUUCAACCUGCUGGUAAAAUUAUAAUAACCAUACAUGAAAAGAAAUUUGUGAAUGCCAAAGUGUGCUGUGACUGCUGUCUGAGCACAAGAGCGUCCUGACUGCCCCUGUGUCUGCUGUCCAACCUGCGUGUGAAUGCAGUUCACUUAGACUGCAAGUCCAUUGGAAGUAGUUCGGGAGGCACCAAUGAUAGCUGAUUUCAAAACGAGGUGGCCGGCUCUCUUCCAUGUGCAUGAGGUGUGUGUGGAAUUCCAGAGAAUCACAACUAUCCAUUUAGAGUCAAAGUUCUUCUCUGAGCUGGAUGCUCACUCUGCAGACCUAAUCAAGGUGUUUGCCAAGAAAGGCGGAGUUCAGGGGAGACAGAUCAGAAGCGUCAUGACUGAGACUGACAGCAUUGAUGUCAAAAGAGAAUGCCUACUGAAAAGUCUUUGCGUCUACUUGAAUGAAGAUCCAGAGAUGCUGGUGAAAGAGUACCUGAGCAAUGAUGACAACAGUCUGGCGGCUAUGGCAGAGACGGUCUUUGGAGUCUUUGUCAUUCGACUCCACGGUGCAGGGCCCAGUGAGAACCCAGAGGAUGUCGUAAUUCUUCUGGAGGGUGUAAAGGUGUUGCAUGAGUUAAGGUAUGUGCCUUUUGCAGUGGCAAUGUUGCUUGCGCUUGUGUAUGCUCUAAACCUGAGCUACCCCAGAGAGCUAAAAUACACCUUUGAAGCUCUGCAGAAGGUCAUUAUGAAUCUAGAUGGAAAUAAACUUUCCGCAAAAGUGCAAGCGCUCAAAACAAUGCUUUCCCGUUAAUAAUGACACAAGAUACAUGACAGAACAUUUUUUUCUUUGACAAUGUUUAAGGUUGCCCACUGUUGGCUUUUAUGUCAAACUGUGAAAUGUUUCGUUAUUUCACGAAGGUAAAGUUGUAAUUUUACCUGUAACUGUUCACUGUUAACAUUCCAAAUGUGUGUGUAAAUAUGUUGUUCUGAUGUUGAAGUGGAAUGUGAAAUGUUUCAAGGAAAAUGUGAGUCUAAUGCUGGCCUCACACUGCAAGGUUCACGUCAAAUUUAUGCCCUGGCCCCUCCCAAUAAUCGACAUAAAAAUCUGGUAUGAAUAACUAAAUAACUCUACUUUUAUGUUUUUUUCAAGCACCUGAAAG